UAUCAUAAGCGGCAGGGAAAAUGGAGAUCACACGAAAAAAUUUUAAACAGACACUGAAUUUUGUCAUAGAGUCAAUUAAAGAUGCUGAUUUUUUGGCUGUUGAUGGGGAAUUUACAGGGUUGGAUGCAAACCAGUCUGGUCAUGCCAUGCCAUUUGACACACCAGAAGUGCGUUACCAGCGAGUGAGACAGGGUGCAUGUGACUUCCUGCUUCUGCAGUUUGGUAUUUGCACCUUUCAUUAUGAUACAGAAAAGAAAUCGUAUGAAGCCAGGCCAUUUAAUUUCUACCUUUUUCCUCGCCCAUACUCACGAUCAGGUCCUGACGUUCGCUUCCUCUGCCAGAGUUCGAGUAUAGAGUUCCUAGCAUCUCAAGGAUUUGAUUUUAACAAAGCAUUUAAACAUGGUAUAUCUUACCUGAAACCCAGUGAUGAGGCUAACCUCCGAGAGGCAUUACAGCAGAAACACCAACAGUUUUCACAGUUCUCCUCUCCAGCAUUCGUCACACCAGACGGAGUCUCUCAGGGCACAUCAAAGGGGCCAGUCACGAUCCCGGAUGAACAGAAGGAGUUCAUCAAAGAAAUUAGUGAGAAGGUUUCUGAUUUCAUUGAAAAGUCCACGGAUAACAGUCUGAAAUUACCAUCCUGUAAUGGUUUUCAGAGAAAGUUGAUUUACCAGUCAUUACGAGCUCAGUUUCCAUCAGGUAUACACUUGGAGACACAAACAGGUGAAAAGAAGGAACGUCAUGUCCUUGUGACCAGGAUAAAGAGUGAGGACGACAUGAAGAGACGAGAGACGGAGAAGCAGGCCGCAGAGGUGGUGAGUAUACCAUACUUCAAAAACAUUGCCGAUUGGUCUCACACAUUGGCAAACACUGGAGGUUUUUUGGGUAAACUAGUGGUGGGACACAACAUGAUGCUGGACCUCAUACACACACUGCACCAGUUCUUCUACCCACUACCAGAGAGCUAUGCAGAAUUCAAAGACAUGUCCUUGUCUGCAUUCCCCAAAUUAUUAGACACUAAACUAAUGGCUAGUACCAGUCCCUUCAAAGAAAGAAUAAUGAACACAACUCUGGCUGACCUACAGAAGAUCCUCGAGGUGAAGCCCUUCCAGAAGCCUCAGGUUGAAAUGCCAGAGAAGUUCACUAAGUAUUCAGUGGAAAAAGGACCCCUCCACGAGGCAGGCUAUGAUGCCUACCUGACAGGAAUAUGUUUCAUCUGUAUGUCCAACUACCUAGGUACUUUCCAGAAUCCAUCAGAGGAAAACAUUCUCCCAUCGUCACCUCUCAUUCAGCCAUUUAUCAACAAACUGUUCCUGAUGCGAGUUCAAGACAUCCCUUACAUUAACCUAGCCAGCCAAGAUUUGAUUCCUAACAGAGACCAUGUGUUCCAUUUAACGUUUCCUAGGGAUUGGAAGACGAACGACAUUGCAAACUUAUUCUCUCCCUUUGGUGGUUCACAAAUAUUCUGGAUAGACGAUAAAUCAGCAUUUGCAUCACUUCAUUUUAAAGAAGAUGCCCAGAAAGUCCUGCAGAGCCUGCGUAAAGGUGGAACAGUGUACACUAUCAGGACCUUGCUACAAUAUCAGAGUAGUCAGACGGAUGGCCAGACCCAGUCACGGAAACGAUCCACAGCCAACACAGAAAAUAACGUCCCAAACAAGAAAAGAAAGUGCCUAAAUGUUGAAGCUGCCCCCUUUGUAUCUAGGUCAAUCACGCCGCCAAUCCCUGAGGAAAAUACAGUGAACAUUGAUGACACAAAUGGAAACCAUGCAGACAGUGCCAAAGCUAUGGAAACCGAAAGUAACAAUGAUGAAGACAAAAAGAAAGAUGACCAAAUGUUUGUGGAGCCAGAGGUUUGGUGAUCUGAGUUUUGACCUGCAGGACAGAUUGGAAGUGCUAGUGACUACAUUUGAGAUGUGUUACGGUGGUGAAUAUUAUUUCACAAUGUCGUACUGAUAAUGGAUAUGUUGUAAUAUUCCGUUAUGAAUUUAUAAUUGAACAUCAUUAUGAAAUACAUUCAUGAAAUGAAUUUGUAAUUUAACAUCAUUAUGAAAUGCGUACAUAAAAAUCACUCAUGCUGACUCUGGGUUUUUUUCUUCAUUUUUUU